UGUGUUAAUAAAUACUUAAUAACAAUGGAAGUGGAAAGUAAAAUAACCAAAAAAUCUAGAUGGGAUUCAAUAAGCUUUUUACAAAAAUUAUUUUUAACUUGGGUUUACCCUCUAUUCUGGAAAGGCUGGCGAACAGAGAGUCUAUCGUACGAACCCUUGAGCCGAUGCUCUAAAGACGAUGAGGCGCUUGUAGUGGUUCAACAAUUGGAAAGAAAUUGGGACAUUGAACUCCGUAAGCGUAAACCUAAAUUCUGGUGGGCGUUGCUUAAAACUUUUGGCCUACAGUUUAUAAUCCCGGUCACUAUUUUUGGCAUCGGGGAAUGUGUAGUACGAAUUGGUCAGCCCCUACUUUUAGGUUUUGUGAUUGACUAUUUCAGCGGGGCCAAUUACAUGAGCUACCAACAUGCCUGUAUGGCUGCGGGUGGUAUUGUAGUUUGCUCAGCCCUGUACAUCACUCUACACCACCCGUGCCUAAUGCGUAACCUACAGGUGGGCAUGAGAUUGCGUAACGCGUGCACUACUCUCAUGUACCAAAAGUCUUUAAAACUGAGUCAAUCAUCGCUGGCGAAGACAACUGUCGGCCAAAUAAUCAAUAUUAUGUCCAACGAUGUCAACCGGUUUGAUGAGUUUGCAAUUUCAAUGACAUGCGUGAUUGUGGGGCCCAUACAAGCCGUACUAGUUAUUUAUAUAACAUGGACAUAUUUGGGCAAUUCAACGGCGGUGGGACUGGGCCUGUUUGUGCUAUACAUACCAUUCCAGUUGAUCAUGGGUAAACUAUUUUCGCGCUGCAGACAAAAAACGGCAAAAUUAACGGAUGCCCGAUUACGGCUAAUGAACGAGAUUAUUGCUGGUAUGAGAGUGAUCAAGAUGUACACAUGGGAGCAGUCAUUUUCGGACUUGGUGUCCCAAGCUAGAAAGUUAGAGGUGAAUGACAUACGCAAAGUGUGUUACUUAAAAGCGAUCAAUCUGUCACUAUUCCUGAUCGCCACCAAGAUUAUAUUGUUUUGCUGUUUCCUAACCUAUGUACUAUUAGGCCACGCUCUUAGCUCUAAGAGCGUGUUUGUCACAAUGGCCCUGUUCAAUAUGCUCCGAAUCACAUUAACCUGGAUAUUUCCCCAGGGUAUAGCCCAAGGGGCCGAGCUACUGGUCACUUGUCGUAGGAUACAGAGCUCACUGUUAAUGGCACUGCUCCGGGAACUGGAGCUAUUGAGUGGGUCUAUUCAUAUCGACGGCACCGUUAGUUACUCAGCACAAGAGCCGUGGAGUUUCAACAAUAGUGUCCGAAAUAACAUAUUGUUUGGCCGGGAAUACGACGAACGCCGGUAUAGAGAUGUGGUACGAGUGGCUGCACUCGAACGGGACUUAAAGAUAUUCCCGUUCGGCGAUCGGACACUAGUGGGCGAAAAGGGUGUGUCACUCAGUGGUGGUCAAAAAGCCAGAAUAACGUUAGCAAGAUCUCUGUACAGAAACGCCGACAUAUGCCUUAUGGACGACCCGUUAUCGGCUGUGGACGCGGCCGUUGCCGAACAUAUAUUUGAACAGUGUAUAGUGGACUACUUGGGGCCCAAAAUCCGAAUACUAGUUACACAUCAAAUCCAAUUCAUACGAAAGGCUACGAAAAUCCUUGUGUUAGACGACGGAAAGUGUUUAGCUUUGGGAACGUUUGACGAACUGUUGGCCAAAGGCUUAGACUUUAUGGCACUAAUCGACGGCGACGACGAGGACGCGGACGCAGUGGUGGCCGAAAGCGAGGGCUCGAGUAAACAAACCUCUGUUAUUGAGGCCCAGGAGGAGGAGGAGGCGCCCCAAAUACAGGACGAACAACAGACAGUGGGCUCAAUCGGGGGUCGGGUGUACUGGGAGUACAUCAGAGCCGGCUGUGGUAUAAUACUGGGCACACUUACUAUACUGUCCACCUGUAUAUCGCAGACAAUUUUUCACGCGUCGGAUCUAUGGCUAAUGCAAUGGACUAACAAUGAGGAAACACAGUCGAAAGAGAAAAAUAAUUUCGCCCUGAUCAUUUACUCAGUACUAAUUGUGGCGCUACUGCUGUCAACAAUGGUCCGGUCAAUGACAUGGUUUGCCAUUUGUAUGAUUGCCUCUAAACGUCUGCACAACACUAUAUUCAUACGGCUAUUGAGGGCACCGAUGGCUGUGUUUGAUAACAAUCCCAUUGGUCGUAUACUAAAUCGAUUCACUAAGGAUCUGGGUAUUAUUGACGAGAUGUUGCCAUCCACAUCAUUUGAUUUGAAUCUGACCGUAUCGCAAGCAAUAGGCAUACUAGUGGUGGUGUAUAAUAAACCCCUAUUUAAUAAUACCGGGUGUAGUGCUGUUUGCGCUGACAAUAGCCGUCCGCGGGCUCGUAGUCCAGUGUAUUCACACGUGAGCACCACACUUAACGGGUUGGCCAGUAUCAGAGCUUACGGCGCUCAACAGGCAUUUUGUAACCAGUUUUACACCUACCAAAACGACCAUAGUGCUACCUGGUUUGUUUUGCUGGGCGCGUCGCGUACGCUGGGACUAAUUGCCGAUUGGUUGUGUGUCAUCUAUUUAGCUGCCGUGGCCGCCGUUAUAAUGGCAUUCCAACAUGGAAUCUCUAGUGGUAACGCUGGUCUGGCAUUUGCAUCAGCCCUUAUGCUGACGGGUCAGACACAGUUCGGUGUGAGACAGUCGGCAGAGUUGGAGAGUCAGAUGACUUCAGUCGAGCGCAUCAUUGAGUACACAAAACUACCGCAAGAGGCGGACCUACUGUCCACUGAUCAGAACCGACCGAAACCCCAGUGGCCACAGACCGGGGGUAUAGUCUUAGACCACAUGUCGCUCAUCUACGACAGCGCACCCGACAAACCGGUGCUCAAAGACAUCACUUGUGAGAUAAGGGGCGGCGAGAAGAUCGGUAUCGUUGGCCGGACGGGUGCGGGCAAGUCGUCCGUCAUAUCGGCGUUGUUCCGUAUGGUUGAGCCCACGGGUCGUAUAGUCAUCGAUGGUGUGGACACCAAAGUCAUUGGUUUGCAUGACUUGCGUCGGGCGCUGGCAAUCAUACCUCAGGAACCGGUAGUGUUUUCGGGUACAAUGCGCCGCAAUUUGGACCCCUUUGGCCAGUACUCGGACCCCGAAAUGUGGGCGGCUCUGGAGGAGGUGCAGCUCCGGGCGGUUGUGGAUGAGCUGCCCGGACGACUGGACGCCGAGCUUAGUGAAGGGGGCUCUAAUUUUAGUGUAGGUCAGCGCCAGUUAGUGUGCUUAGCCCGGGCUAUACUGCGCCACAAUAGGGUACUAGUGCUCGACGAGGCGACCGCUAAUGUUGACCACCAAACCGAUGCACUCAUACAGACGAGUAUACGGACCCACUUUCACGACUGCACUGUACUUACGAUAGCCCAUAGGCUUAACACUAUUAUCGAUUGCGAUAGAGUUAUGGUGCUGGACGCUGGACAACUUUUAGAGUUUGACUCUCCGCACAGUCUACUCGAGAAAAAGGGCUUAUUCUAUGACAUGUGCCAAAAGACUGGCCCCGAUAUGUAUCAGCACUUGGCUGUAGCGGCUCGCGAGGCAUUUGCCAAAAACUUACCACGCUCAUAUUUGUAA